AUGGCGAUUCAACACCUCUUCGAGUUGCCACUUCCUGUCUUUACGUUAGGGCUUGUUGGACUUUCCUGUGCUAUCUAUAUUGUGCGUUUCAUUAGCGACUCCAUUGUCAAUGCGUUCUUCAGCCUGCUGUCCGAAGUUCCGGGGCCCAAGUUGGCAGUUGCAACGACCUGGUGGUCUGCGUACCAGCAGGCCAUUCGCGGACGAUCCAUGCAUCACAUUUGCAUGAGCCUCCAUGAAAAAUAUGGUGACAUUGUCAGAAUUGGUCCUAACAGGCUUCAUUUCAACCACCCAACUAUGUACGAUGAGAUUUAUCGUCGUCGGUGGGAUAAAGAUCCCUUCAUGUAUGCCUUGCUGGGUGGAGAUGGUGCCACUGUGACAUUCGUCAAGUACGAAGACAACAAGCGCAGAAAGGACAUAUUGCAUACUUUCUUUGGGAAGAGCUCCGUGUACAAUGUCCAAUGGCUGAUUCAGGAAAACAUUGAAAGUUUAUGUGGUCAUCCUGACAAGCACAAUGAACGUGGAGUGUCGUCUGAUAUGACACUGGGAUUCCGCUGCCUGGGCCUCGAGACCAUUACGGCAACGUGCUUUCGGAAAUCCGCCUCGUGCUUUGAGUAUGAAGGAUUUGCCAGUCCUAUUUUUGAGGCAAUGGAGUCAAUUGUGGCCUGGUUCAUGGUGUUCAAACAUUUUGAACUGUUCAGACGAACUAUCUUGAGCAUCCCAGAGUGGAUUUUCUCAGAUCAGAUCGACGAGAUAAUUAUGGUUAUUGACAAGCCAAAUCAGCAUGCCCAUCCCAUUGUCUAUCGUGCCUUAAUCCGCCCGGAAAAGCAGGACACUCCCAUCCCGUCUCGGGCCAAUCUGCUUGAGGAGGCUGUUGCAUUGGUCAUUGCGGGAACGGAUACGACCGGUUCAACCCUCACUAUAGGUACCUAUCAGAUUCUACGCAAACCAGAAAUCUACGCCAAGCUCAAGGCUGAGCUCUUGGAGACGUGGCCGAAUCUCGAGCAGCGACCCAACGCGGGCGAUUUGGAAAAGCUUCCUUACUUGACUGCUGUUAUCAACGAGGCUCUUCGAAUGGCUCCCACGACGACUUCGGAAAAUUCGAGGGUGGUCCCGGCGCAAGGGGCGACAAUUGGAGGAAAACAUAUCCCCGGCGGGACAAUCGUGAGCAUGGGAGUUCUAUUCCCGAUGCAGCACGAACAUGCCUUCACCGAUGCUCACAUGUAUUAUCCCGACCGGUGGUUAAGCGACGACGCCAAGGAGCUCGAUAAGUAUUUCGUCCCUUUCUCCAAAGGGCCUCGCAGCUGCCUGGGAAUCACCCUGGCAUGUUGUGAAUUGUAUCUCAUUUUCACAAACCUCUUCCGUCGCUUUGAACUUACCAUUGACGGUACCGAGGACUCCGAUUUCGACUAG